UCAAACUGCUCUCGUGGAAGGCAGUAGCAGAGUGGUCUGUGUGAUUUUGCGAUAUUGUGAGUGAGGAAUAGUGGCUGAUGAUGUUCAGAAGAAAUGGGUUCGGUUAGAGGUAGCGUGACGCAUAGUUCUUGGAUAAUUUUAAUGUGCAUUUUAAGUGUGACGUCCACGACAGCCACCACCAUUCACGCGGACGUGCCCCAGGAGUCCUGUGUGUCACCUCUACUUUUUAACAGCCAUCUCUCUGAUAUUCCCAACUUUAUCAGAAUCAACUUACCCAGAAUUAAUCCUCUUUGGCUGCAUUCUUCAUUGGCGCGCGACUGCCUGCGGUGCGCGGGAGACGCGUGCGUCAAGUGCGCGCGCCUCAUCGUGCUGGGCUCGCGCACCUGCGUCGACGCCUGCCCCUCGGGCUACCGCGAGGAGUGGUCCGCCCUAGUCGACUACAUGGGCCGCACCAGCUACAUGGGGCUCCCUGGACGAACGCUUGCCGUCAUCGUAGGGGCGUGCAGCGGUGCAGUCAUCUGCGUGGGCGUGCUGCUGGGUGGUGUGCUGUACGUGCGCAGAAGGAAGCUGCGACUGCUACGCGAGGCUCUGGAGGAACGACCGCGCCGCGCCGCGCGCAGCGCUUCUCUGUGCGCCGAUCGCCCUUCGCACACAGACGUCGCGACUCCGGUUGAUACUCCCGAAAGGAGAGAAUUCUUAAAACACUUAUCAAUGCUGAGGUGUGAGGCACCAGUGUUCUUAGCAAUGCUUAAUGACACAAGACGCCAAACCUGUAUUGAAAGAUUUAGCACGUUGCCCAGGCUCAGUUAGUGAAUUUUCUUCAAGUCCCUAUUCAAACAAAUCCAUCUUCUCCGUGUAUAAAUAUAGAGCAAGAAACAAGUAGAAGAGAACUAACUACAUUCCAACCUUUCAAUGUCAACAAAUCAACUGGUCUCAAUUCUAGUUUCAAAAGUAAUAGCAAUAAUCAUACAGCAGCAAGAGCUUCUAAUCAGAGUUUGCAAGAACUUGCUAUCUCAACAUUCAAUAGCAAUUACAAUAAUGCUCCAAUGGCAAACACUUUUAAUGCAAGUAGUGAAGUUGUAUUGCGGCGAGAAGUAUCAAUGCUACAACCUUCACUUAUAGACAGUGCUAAUGAGUUCAAUCCAUGCUGGGAGUUCAAUCCUUCAAAUUACACCACCCUAGCAGAAUGGUCUGCUAGUCGAGACUAUUUAGUUGAUGAUGAUUUCUUCACUCUCGGAUUCAGACCCCAAGAUGAAAUUACUACAGAACUGUGAUUAAAAAAAACAUUACAUGUAACUCUUCAUUGAAAGUUCAAAAUGAAAAAGAUUCUUUGUACAAGUGUAUAACACAUAUAAUUUUCAAGUAGACCUAGUGCAUUGUGAAAAUAAAGUGUUUCAUUAUUUUCUUGUGACACCAUGUGAUGCUGUGAGAUUUGAUUGUUUUGACAAAUUUGAAUGCUUUAAACCAAAUACGUGAGAAGAGAUUCUUUGCUCAAGCAUGUAGAAUUUACUAGUCAUUCUUCCAGGUAUUCUUUUAGGUUUAAAGGGUUAAAAGAAAAGAUACAUUUUCUUUUCAUUGGCAAUAAUUAUAUAAAAUGCCAAUUUCUUAUAAAUUAAGGAAGUACAUUAAGAGUGUAAAUAUUGAUAAUGUAAAUAUUCUCUAAGACCAUGUUUUGAAAUACUAGCAAAUGCUAAUUUGCUUUCUCAAGUAGUACCACCGGUUUUGGCAGUAAUUUGUAUGCUCUUUGUUUAGAAGAUUAUAUAGAUGAAAUAUAUACAUGAUAAAAUUUUUUAGCAUACUUGAACUAUCUCCAUUCAAAUGGUGGCAAUUUUUUGCCAUUAGCAUCUAUCAAAAGAACUGUGUAACACAGUGGUACAAAAUAUAGUCUGAGGUGUUUAGGAAACAUUUUAUUAUGCUAGUCAAUUCUCAUGAAUUGUUAUGUAUACUUUCAAUGUUUGCUAUGGCACUAAUCAGUGUUGAUAAAAAUAAAAUAUUUUUCUCUGUAAAUUUUAAUAAAAUGCCUUCAUCUUUAUUUGUUCCUUGAGAAUAAUUAAUAACUUAUACAAAAUUCUUAUAGACAAUAUUAUUAAAAGUACAGAGGGGCAUUAAAAGAACCUUUAAUUUGAAAAAUUGAAAAAAGUUUUUAACAAAAUAAUUAUUUUGUAACCACCUCAAUUAGAAACGAUAGUCUAUAAAUUAACAUGAUUAACAUGUUUCCGUUAUAUUAAAAAUAAUAAGGGAUUAAUUUUUUUCCGUAUAUAGUACUUCAGUUGCGAAGGAAUUUAUGACUUUUGAUAAUAAAUUGUGUCAUCAAAGCCUCUGCAAGCUACUGAAGAAAUAGUAGAAACGUAAUAUUGUCUUAAAAGAAAGACCAUAUAUUUUUCUGUAUGGUAUAACUUAAUAUAAAAGAAACAUAUCCUUAAUGAUCUUUAUAUUGUAAGUUAAAACAAAUAUGAAGGUUAUUAAGAAUGGGCUUGAAUUUCAUUUAUGACAGUAUUUGUGAAUACAUUUUGCUUUAAUAUAUAAGUAUCAUUUGCCUCUUUGCCAAUUGUGAUACAUUCCUGGGUGAGUACAUCCCAUAUCAUACACCAAGAGCAGCAGAAUAACUCUUUUUCAGAAUUGGAUCGCAGUGACAUAGGUUCCCACAAGCCUAUCCCAACUCACCAAAAAGAGGUGACUUUCUCAUACAGAACCUUUUUGUGCAUUGAAAAUCAUCCAACAAACUUCCAUUUGGCUGCUUUCUAGUUCUUGUGCUACUUGUUUGAUCAGCUAAAGGGUAUACAGGCAUACACUCUUGACUCAAUUCUCUUAAGAUUUACUAUCCAGUGACGUUUUGUUACGGUACUUAUGCUGUCAGUCAUAGUUUUGUUUCCCAUCACCCAUGACCUUUGACUUGUGCCAGCCCUUGAUCUUCAGGCAUCAUAUGAGGUAAUUCCCUCAAAUAAAGGAACAUGAGAAACAACAGAUUGAUGCUUCACAUUUAAAUAUUGGUUUCAAAUUAUUUUAUUAAAGUAUAAUAAAUGUAUGGGAACUGUUGCAAAUAACUCAGCAUUUUACAUAGUAUUAAAAGCAACCAUAAUCCAUUCACUGAAUGUUGAUUUGAAAGCUCAAAACAGUAAGUAAUUGACAAAACUAUCAGUAAAAUUUUAAGAUCACUUUAAUGAUUAGACAAAAGUCAAAAUAACUGAGCUAUUGACACCAACUGCUCAGUGUGUGGAAAAUUCAAUAAAUGCUCUGUAUAUAUAGAAAUCAUUAAAAUAUUCAUGAAAGCAACAUAAACAUAACAAAUACUAUUUAAACAAAAAUUAUAUUUGCUUAAAUAGUAUUUGUAAAAAAUACAAUCAGUCUGAGAUAUACAAUUCAAACAAAUAUCUGAAAAAACUUCAUUCAGAUGCAAUAAAUAACUUCUAACAAUACAACAUUCACAUAUGAUAUUUCUUGCAGUCUAUAAAAUGAGCAACAAUGUUUUUACAGGUACAAAGUAACACACACAUUUUAGAAAUUUCAUUGAUGGCCAGUAAUACAGGUUUUGUGCCUCAUUCCAAAAUACACAUUUUCUCAUUUGUUUUGUGAAAUACUAAUUACAGUUUAAUUAAUUAAACAGUUUUUUCAAAUUGAAAUCAUGCAAGAUUACUCCCAGCAUAAAUGUUUAUGAAACAGAAAAUGCCAAAUUUCCAUUAAAAAUAGAGAAAAUGAUAAACCUACUUCAUUUGCUACCACUUUUCCACCAACUGAUAUCAUGCAGACUUUUCAUAUCUUUUUGUAUUUCUUUGAAAAAUUAACAUGACAUUUUUUUCAUAUGCCAUUUGUGUAUGCAAAUUAGAGAAGUUAAUUGUAUGAAAUUGUCUCUUUAUUACUAAAAGAAGAAAGUAAAUAAGUUUCAUCAAACUGUAAAAACAAACUAUUACGCAAUAGAUUUUAUUUGAAAAUAAGAUAUUUUAUAACUCAGAAUUUGUUCCAAAUGAAACUAUUUGAAAGAACAUUAUUCAUAAGACAAUACUCCCAAUUUGGAUUGUAUUAUAUCAAUGUUCUAAAGUCCAUGAAUUUAUAAGUUUAGUAAUUCACGUAAAGGCAACCAAUUAUAUAAAUAAUAAUAAUAAUAAUAAUAAUAAUAAUAAUAAUAAUAAUAAUAAUAA